AUUAGUACCGGUCAACCGUGACGAUGAUGUACCCCGGCCACGAGGCUGUGGGUGGCAGAGCCUCGUCAGCACGGAUUGCCGCAUUAAGCACUAUACUCCGCCGUAUACCACUACGACGCGUCUACCACUGUAAAUCUCGCGUUAAGUGCCACAACUAUUCGCGUCAUUGGCGAACUCCUUCCGCGUGCCACUCACUGGCAAUGUUUGAUAGGUCUGGGGACAAUUGAUGGAGAAUCGACACACUGCUACAAAGUCCUGAGCGAUAUCUCGCCGACGUGGUGAGCAAUGCCACAGGUCCACCAUGGCAUCCUCCCAGAAGAAACAGCAGACCCUGUCUGCGUUCUUCAAGAAACCCCCAUCGAGUCAGCCUUGUACAAAUUCCUCAGUCAAGCCCUCUGAACCUGAAGCGGACGACGACGACGAUGUGGUGUUGCCCGUGGCGAAAAGGCGCAAGAUUACUCCUGCUGAGGACUCUCUGGAGGGUGGCGAGGGUGAUCAGGAAGGCGAUGAAGAACACAUCAGAACACUCCGACCAAUUGCAGCAAAUGGCCAGGCCACGGCAACGCCGUUGGCUAUUCCUUCGGGUUCCGGCAAGACUUCUAAAUACGUUUUUUCAUCAUCUCCUCUCCGAGAAAACCAUGAAGACGACGUUGACAGCGCUGAGAGGCAACGAAAGGACGAGCUGCACCGGAAGUUUGUAAAGAAAUUAGGCCAACCAGACAGCAUUGCGGAGAUCAAAAGGCGAAACCGAGCAAUCGACGAAGAUGCUGACGAGCAAGAACACGAGGAUGGAGAAGACGAGGCUGCUGAUGAACCGCCGAAGAACACAUCUCGGACAAAGUCAGGCGUCAAGAAAGGCGGAAGCAAACUUACACCCAUGGAGAAACAAGUGAUUGAGAUCAAGAAGGCGCAUAUGGAUACUCUCUUAGUGGUCGAAGUCGGCUACAAGUUUCGAUUCUUUGGAGAGGAUGCUCGAAUUGCGGCCCGAGAGUUAGGGAUCGUGUGUAUACCGGGAAAGUAUCGGUUCGACGAGCAUCCCUCCGAAGCCCAUCUGGAUCGUUUCGCCUCUGCCAGUAUUCCUGUCCAUCGACUGCAUGUUCAUGUCAAACGAUUGGUAGCUGCAGGUCACAAAGUGGGUGUUGUCCGCCAACUCGAAACUGCGGCCCUGAAGGCAGUGGGCGACAACAGAAACGCACCGUUUGUCCGAAAGCUCACAAACUUGUACACAAAAGGCACCUAUAUUGAUGACAUAGAGGGCAUUGAGGACAAUGGCAGAGGUAGCCCUACACCUCAAUCACCGUCUACCGGCUUCUUGCUUUGUAUGACGGAAGAGAAUACCAAGGGCUACGGCAACGACGAAAAGGUUCACGUGGGCCUGGUUGCGGUCCAGCCUGCAACGGGGGAUAUCAUCUACGACGACUUCGAGGACGGGUUCAUGCGAGGCGAGAUCGAGACUCGCCUACUUCACAUCGCACCAUGUGAAUUCUUAAUCGUCGGUGAACUAUCAAGGGCAACGGAAAAACUCGUCAUGCACUUGUCUGGCAGCAAGACGAACGUGUUUGGGGACAAGAUCCGAGUAGAACGGACACCCAAGCCGAAGACCAUGGCAGCGCAAGCCCACGGCCACAUAUCUUCCUUCUAUGCUGACAAGCUCAAAGAAUCUCCCGCAGAUCACGAGAAAGCAACCAAAGUGUUUGACAAAAUAUUAGGCUUGCCGGAGAACGUAUCGAUCUGUCUGUCUGCCAUGAUCGACCACUUGUCUGACUAUGGUCUGGAGCAUGUGUUCCAGCUGACGAAGUAUUUCCAGCCAUUUUCUGCUCGCUCGCACAUGCUGCUGAACAGCAACACUCUUACCAGUCUCGAGAUCUACCAAAAUCAGACGGACCACUCCACAAAAGGGAGUCUCUACUGGAUGAUGGAUAGAACGCAAACCAGAUUUGGAGGCAGACUACUUCGCAAGUGGGUCGGACGUCCGCUCUUGGACCGGCAGGGAAUUGAAGAACGGUUGGCCGCAGUUGAGGAGCUCCUGGAUCCUGCAAAGGCGACAUAUGUUGAGAAGUUGAGGCAUGCUCUAUCCCGACUGAAGACGGAUCUGGAAAAGAGCUUAAUUCGGAUCUACUACGGCAAAUGCACCCGACCAGAGUUGUUGAACGUAUUACAGGCACUGCAAUUCCUGGCCAACGAGUUUGCAUAUGUGACCGACGCCGCUUCCACCAACUUCAGUUCGGAACUAAUCUCGUCUGCAAUGACACCUUUGCCAUCAGUGCUCACCGAAGUGGUAGGGUAUCUGGACAAAAUCAAUCUGCAAGCAGCCAAAUCGGACGACAAAUAUAAUUUCUUUCAAGAAGGCGCCGAAAACGACACCAUUACGGAGCACAAGUUCGGGAUAGCAGCGGUGGAGCAUGACCUGGACGAGUUCCGGGCGAUAGCAGCCGAAAAGCUGGGCAAGAAGCGGCCGGUCGAGUACGCGACAGUGGCUGGGAUAGACUACCUGGUUGAAGUGGACAACAAUUCCGCGAUGAUCAAGAAAGUGCCUGCGUCUUGGACCAAGAUCUCGGGCACCAAGAAGAUCUCCCGGUUCCAUGCACCGGAAGUUGUCAAGCUCCUGCGCGAACGCGACCAACAUAAAGAGUCUCUCGCGGCGGCGUGUGACAAGGCGUACAAGGACCUUUUGGCCGACAUCAGCACCAAAUACCAGCUGUUUCGGGACACAGUGCAAAACCUCGCCCGGCUAGACUGUUUGUUGUCGCUGGCCAACGUGGCCUCGCAGCCCGGCUACGUCCGACCCCGGUUCACCGAGGGCACCGUGGUCGAGGUCGAGGGAGGUCGCCACCCGAUGGUCGAACAGCUGCUCAUUGACACGUACGUGCCCAACGACAUCUCCAUCUCUCGAGACACAACCCGAGCACUGCUGGUGACGGGCCCCAACAUGGGCGGCAAAUCGUCGUACGUGCGCUCCGUGGCACUGAUCUCCAUCAUGGCGCAAAUCGGGUCCUUUGUGCCCGCGACGUCGGCGACCCUGGGUAUUCUUGACGCCGUCUUCACGCGCAUGGGCGCCCGCGACAACAUGAUGUCCGGCGAGAGUACGUUCAUGGUCGAGCUCAGUGAGACCAGCGAUAUCCUUAAGCUCGCCACGGACCGCAGUCUGGUCGUUCUCGACGAACUGGGUCGAGGAACCAGCACGCACGACGGCGUCGCCAUCGCAGCCUCGGUCCUCGACUAUCUGGUCCGUGACCGCAAGUGUCUGACGUUGUUCAUUACGCAUUACCAGAUGCUCGCGCGCAUGGCGAAUGGGUUUCCCAACGGUGAACUCAAGAAUGUCCAUAUGCGCUUCCGCGAGGAUGAUGAUGAGAACGUCGCGUUUCUGUAUGAGGUCGCUGAGGGCGUCGCCCAUCGGAGCUACGGCUUGAAUGUUGCCCGCUUGGCGAAUAUUUCUGAGUCGGUCAUCGAUGUCGCGAGGCAGAAGAGUGCCGAGCUGGAAACUGAAACGAAGGCUAGACAGCUCUCUGCUUUGGCGAGGAUGUUGCUGGCUGCAGACUCAAAUGGUGGCACCGGGGCCGGCCAUAGCAGCAAGCUCGAUCCCGAAUAUAGACUCGAUGCUGUUGUCGAAGGCAUCGAGAUGCUUUAGGUCUGUUCAAGAAUAAAAAACAGAUACCUUAUCCAUCCCCACUGCAGCACUGCUGGUCUGUGGUCAGCAGGGUAAAGCAUCAUUAAUUUGUCCAUUGAUUAAUCGUGACUGAGGGGGAAAAGAAAGACAGAAAGAAUGCAAAGAUGUUUCGGGUUGAAAAGAAGCGGGAAAACCACUUUAGCAUUGUGGUUACAGUGUAUGAUGGUACACUACUGGUAUGGAUGCAUGCGCAAUGUCUGUAUGAGACAGACUUAAUAGAUGUCUUGAUCCAAGUAGGCAUUGCAGCUUGCAGCAUCUUACAUUGCAAAGGAAGGCUUCACUAGUACAGUCCAAGUGUAGGUGGUCUCCUAUAGACUCUUGUACAUAGGCAUGUUGCAUGUAGUGAGAGGAAAUACAGAAUAUGUUUCUGCGCAAUGACAUACUCCA